CGGCGGCAAUAGUGCGACUUGUGCGCACGCUUCGAUUAUCGAUUGAAUCGUUCUAUAAGCUCUCUCGGCAGGCGUCGAGAAUCCGUCGUUGUCGCGUAACCGUUCUUCCGAUUCUCUCAUUUAUGCGCGGCGCCUGUACGUGGUACGGUGCUGCUCUGCUCGUUCCUGCGGGGCGAGCUUUGAAUCGUUUUCUAACGUAUCGCGCUGACAACGCGUAGUGCUUCAUCGUUCACAGGCAGCUGUGUACGUGACGCUUGUGACGAGAGCGAGACCGAUGCGAGACCGCACGAUCCGUGUCGUCGCCAUCGUCACGAGGAAGAUGCGGUGAAGUGAGCCGCAGAAAAGCCAGGGCCGUCAGCCAGACAGGCGGGCAGCGCACGCGAGCGGUUAGCCCUCGGGGAAAUCGGCCAUCUUGCUCAGUGCACGCUUAGACUUUGUGGCGAUAGUUACUCGUCUCCGUCAGCCACCCUUUUCGGGCGGUGACAGAGAGCAGCAGCUCGAAGUGACCCGCGAUUUACAGCGGAUUCAACACACAGCUGUGAACGGAAAAGGCGAGAGUGCGUGUGGUUUUGUGGAGGAGACCUAUCGUGCGUAUACAAGCGAGCAGUGUAACGCGGCUCACGCGAAUUCGGUGGCAGGAUGGCGGGCAACACGGGUAUGGAACAGUUGAUUCCUAUCGUGAACAAGCUCCAAGAUGCCUUCACGCAACUCGGCGUACACAUGCAGCUCGAUCUGCCGCAAAUCGCGGUGGUGGGCGGCCAGAGCGCGGGCAAAAGCUCCGUGCUUGAGAAUUUUGUCGGCAAGGACUUCUUACCCAGAGGUUCGGGCAUCGUGACAAGGAGACCUCUCAUCUUACAAUUGAUUAACAGCACAACUGAAUUUGCAGAAUUUUUGCAUUGCAAGGGUAAGAAGUUCAUAGAUUUUGAGGAGGUGCGAAAAGAAAUCGAAGCAGAAACAGACAGAGUGACUGGAGGUAACAAGGGCAUCUCUAAUAUACCAAUUAAUCUGAGAGUAUAUUCGCCCAAUGUUCUGAAUUUGACAUUAAUUGAUUUACCCGGACUUACAAAAGUACCGAUCGGAGAUCAACCAGCAGACAUAGAAGCUCAAAUUAAGGCCAUGAUCUUUCAGUUUAUCAAACGCGAGAAUUGUCUUAUAUUGGCAGUCACACCAGCCAACACUGAUCUGGCCAAUAGUGAUGCUCUUAAACUUGCUAAGGAGGUGGAUCCACAAGGUGUACGUACAAUUGGUGUUAUUACUAAAUUGGAUCUCAUGGACGAUGGCACCGACGCAAGAGAUAUCUUGGAAAAUAAAUUAUUGCCAUUAAGAAGAGGUUACAUCGGCGUUGUCAAUAGGAGUCAAAAGGAUAUAGAAGGACGGAAGGAUAUUAAAAAUGCUCUAGCCGCUGAACGAAAAUUCUUUCUUAGCCAUCCGUCUUAUCGUCACUUAGCGGACAGAUUGGGCACACCAUAUUUACAAAGAGUUCUCAAUCAACAGUUAACAAACCAUAUCAGGGAUACCUUGCCAGCUCUAAGAGACAGAUUACAGAAGCAGCAGCUAGCUUUAGAGAAGGAUGUCGAGCAGUACAAACAUUUUAGACCUGAUGAUCCUGCAAUCAAAACAAAGGCUAUGUUACAGAUGAUACAACAGCUUCAGUCAGAUUUCGAAAGAACUAUAGAAGGCUCAGGCUCUGCACAAAUCAAUACUAACGAACUCAGUGGUGGCGCGAAAAUCAACAGACUUUUCCACGAGCGUUUUCCAUUCGAGAUUGUUAAAAUGGAAUUCGAUGAGAAAGAACUAAGAAGAGAAAUUGCUUUUGCCAUCAGAAAUAUACAUGGUAUCAGGGUAGGAUUAUUCACUCCAGACAUGGCUUUUGAGGCAAUAGUCAAAAAACAAAUAAAUAGACUUAAAGAACCAAGUCUCAAAUGUGUGGACCUAGUCGUGCAAGAACUUAGUAAUGUUGUACGCAUUUGUACAGAUAGGAUGUCACGUUAUCCAAGACUAAGAGAAGAGACAGAACGUAUCAUAACUACAUACGUUAGGCAGCGAGAACAGAUGUGUAAAGAGCAGCUAAUUUUAUUGGUUGAUUGCGAGCUUGCAUACAUGAAUACGAAUCAUGAAGAUUUCAUCGGUUUUGCAAACGCUGCAGCCAGUAGCCAUAAUGCAAGUGCACAGCAGUCCUCUGAAAACUCCGUUAAAUCUGGACGGCACACAUUAGGCAAUCAAGUAAUUCGCAAAGGCUACAUGUGCAUACAUAAUCUCGGUAUUAUGAAGGGCGGCUCGAAAGAUUAUUGGUUUGUUUUGACAUCGGAGAGUAUCUCCUGGUUCAAGGAUGAAGAAGAACGAGAGAAGAAGUACAUGUUGCCUUUGGACGGACUGAAACUGCGUGAUCUGGAACAAGGUUUCAUGUCACGACGUCAUCUAUUUGCGUUAUUCAAUCCAGAGGGCAGAAACGUGUAUAAGGAUUACAAACAGCUGGAGUUGAGUUGUGAAACACAAGACGAUGUUGAUUCUUGGAAAGCUUCAUUCCUGCGGGCUGGUGUGUAUCCCGAAAAAUCAACGGAACAAGCGAACGGUGAAGGAGAGCAGGAAGGAUAUGAGGGUGGAUCGGAAGGUCAAUCAUCGAUGGAUCCUCAAUUGGAGCGUCAAGUGGAAACUAUUAGAAACCUGGUGGAUUCUUAUAUGAAGAUCGUUACAAAAACUACCCGUGAUCUGGUUCCAAAGACAAUUAUGCAUCUUAUUAUUAACAAUGCUAAAGAUUUCAUUAACGGGGAACUAUUGGCGCAUCUUUAUGCAAGUGGCGAUCAGGCUUCUAUGAUGGAAGAAUCUCCCGAGGAAGCGCAAAAACGGGAAGAGAUGCUACGCAUGUAUCAUGCAUGCAAAGAAGCGUUGCGCAUCAUCGGAGAUGUUUCUAUGGCCACAGUUACAACUCCGGUACCACCACCCGUGAAAAACGACUGGCUGGCAUCCGGCGAAAAUCCGAGUCUUGGAUUAUCGCCACCAUCUCCUGGUGGUCCAAGACGCGGAGUGACACAGCCACCACCUCUUUCUAGCUCACGAGCGCCACCACCAGUACCUGCAGGCGGCCGGCCAGCACCAGCCAUUCCUAAUAGACCUGGUCCGGGCGGACCACCACCAUCGCGAAGUAACCCUGGCCUACCUCCACCUAUGAUACCAUCUCGAGGGGGUGGUCUACAACAGAGGGUGACGCAAGCUGCGACACAGGCUGCAGCACAGGCCGCCGUGAACGAGCUAAUGGAUGCGUUCAAGAUCAAGCGUCCUGUACCCAAUAUUCCCCCCCGAAUUCCCGACAGACCAUACUCCGGCCGACUAAACUGAGCUAGAGUUCGACACAGUGAUGGCGAGACAACACACCCCCGUUCAACACAGGACGCACCCUUAACAGCAUGAGGAAAGGUCUUGUCCGGAUGACCGAUGACGGGCCACUCUGGAGAACCGGAAACUCUGUAGGGUGGAAACUGGCGGGAGAAAUCUACAUUUCCGCAAUGGAAACAAGAAAUUCUCCUAUAACAAAUAUUUCGUCCUAUGUAAUCCUCUGAUCUCAGCGGCCUCAAACAUCGAGUUACUCACGUUUUGCCGGCAGGAUGAGGAAGAACCAGAAUCGAACAAGAAUCGUUCGUAUGGAGAGAAGGGGAGCAAGGCUGUGCUAUAUAAAUACUGAAAGAGAAAGAGGGACCAAGAAAUGAAUAUUAAGCGUAAAAAUACGACUCGCCUGUUUCCCAACGACAGUCAGAGAGAUCCCCCAUCAGUCACUUUUUUUAAAUCACUUCUUUCUCUGACACACACUUGGUCUCUUCUACUUUUAUUUAUACACGGCUAAAUCCGCGUUAAGUUACAUGUAGUGCUAAGUAUUAACACCCCACGCUCGAUAUGCGUCAGGUGUCUUCAUAAAACAAGUAAUUUUGUUUGAAAUAGGCAAUAGAUCUUACGACAAGAAGGACGAUUCAAAUACGUUUGUGCCGUGAUCAAAAGAGUUAAUUACAGUCGAUUCCGGUUAAUAAAUAGGGUCACCGGUUAAUUGAGGCAACCGUUUAUUUGGGACAAGAUGUAAAAAGAAAUUCCAAUAAAUGAGAUCAGUGUUUGAAUUUAGGGCAGCCGUUUAAUUGAGCUAAAUCGGCUAAAAACGUCUCGAUGUGUAUUUGAUAUUGAUUAUCAGUAUUAUGAAUGAUUUAGUUAGCAAAGAGUAAUAAUAAGAGUUUUCGGGAAACUCGGAGUCGCAGUAUUGCCGUAUAACUUAAUAAACAACUGUAAAACUGCUGAGAUAGU